CGGCAAUGUUUCGGCCAAUGCUGUGAACUCUCGUCUUUAUCAUUGACUGCGUGUGUCGCUGUCACCUGCCCCGUGGUUGCGAUAGUUAUUGUUACUUGAUUCAACGUCUUCGUCAUUCAUUUUUAAGACGGGUUGUCUAUCGCUAGGCAACUCCGCCCCUCCGCCAUGCUUCUCAAACCCGCGACUCCCCUCACGAUCCUGCUCCUGAUCGCUUUUGUUCUCUUGCUUUUAUCCGUUAUCUCCACCCCUAUUGUCGAAGGAAUCCCGCUGGCGACGUUCGAAAAUGUCGACUAUGGGGUUUUCGGCUACUGUAAAGCUGGUCACUGCACCAAUAUCCAUCUCGGCUACACUAAUGAUGACCUCUCGGACACCGGCGAUGACUUCAAUCUCCCUUCUAGCACUCGAAGAUCGCUUUCGUCUAUUCUAAUUGUUCAUCCGGUCGCCGCAUUCCUUACCCUAAUCUGCCUUUGUAUGGCUGCCGCAGCCCACUUCCAUGGUCCGUCGCAUUCGCCCCGCUACCUACUCGUCUUGUUGAUCCUGCUACUUCCGACGCUUCUCGUCUCCCUACUUGCCUUUCUCGUCGAUAUCCUGCUCUUCGUUCCUCAUUUAGGAUGGGGUGGCUGGAUUGUACUCGGCGCGACGAUCCUCCUCGUCAGCUGUGGUGUGGUUACUUGCGCGAUGCGCCGAACCCUCGUAAGUCGCAAGGCGCGGAAGAAGCGCAUCGCUGAAAACGCCGAGAUGAGUGGCGAAAACUUCUACAAUCGCCAGAAUGCCGCCGCAGCAGCCAUGGGACUAAACGAUCCGAAGCCGCUCAAUGCGGAGACAAAGGAGCCUUUCGUGACUGGAUCACCUCCUGGAUCUGACACCGGUCCCACGUUUGCGACAUUCCGGACGACAACGCACGAGAGUGAUGACGACCGCACCCCACUGAACUCGCGAACACCGCCCAACGAUUUUCCAUUACCAGACCAUCCGUAUCCCACUCAGCUGCGUGAGAACGGGCCGCCAUACAACCCUUCACGAGACGAAUUCGGAAACCCGCUUCCACAAUCUGGUCCCUACGGGCCCGGCGCUCGCAUGCGACCUGGUGCGGGUGAUCCCCGGCUGCACAAUCAAUAUUCCGACGGUAGUAUGGGCUCGCGGAGGGGGCCGCCCCCACCGGGUUUCGUCCCACGUGGACGGGGUGGUUAUCCGACUCGCGGAGGCUACGGUCGUGGGGGUCCUUAUGGUGGACCCAGAGCCCCUCCCCCCGGUGGUAGAGGUAGUCCCAUGGGCACGAUGCGCGGAGGACGGGGGGCAUAUCGAGGACCGCCACCGUUUGCGUAUGGGCCCAGUCCUGGGCCGCGACCGAUGCCGCCGCCAGAGGAGGAGAGAUACGACUAUGAUGUUCCACCCAGCUCCAUGCGCCAGCCGUCUCCUGGACCAAUUGGAAUGGCUGUGUCGCCACGGGAUGGCAGCCCGGUAGGCCAGGCGAUUGAGAUGACACCGCAGCCCAGGCGAACAGGCUCGACGGAGCCGGUGCCUCAGGAGGUUUUGCUAGACCAGCAACCACAUGCCCUGUCGGCAGAUGGCCAGCCCGAACCUGUCAGCCCUUCGAGCCUUUAUAGCCGGACAGCAUCAUAUAUUCCUCCUCGCGCUGCCUGGGAGCAGGCUGAGCGUCGCCCCGGACAUUCACCCUCGCCCGUCCAUGCCUACCGACCGACGGAGCGUACUCGCACCCCACAUCAUGAUCGUUCUGAGUCAGCAGAUUAUUUCGAAGAUGCCGAUCCUCGUUUUGCUAAUCGUAAUGAGCAUGCCGUGGGCAACCCGCGGUUGCCCUCGGUGUUGACGCCGGGUAGUUCUGCGAUAUAAGCCAUUUUACGUCAAUCUCCGAGCGGCCUAUCAACCCGCGCUGGCAGCCGCCUCCACUUCCGGCCCAACAGAGGCAAAAUGUCUUGCUGGAGAACAACCCCGACUUUGAUUUGCGAGCAGGUAUGCGUCGAGGUGGUGCUGCUGGUGGGGUCGGAGGUCGCAUGCCACCCAUGUCGAUACCCCGAGAAGCCUCACGAUACCCUAUACCCUGAACAUCAUCACUAGCGUCCUAUUACUUGUUCGAGUUUGGCAUUCAUUUACGUGAUACUCGGCGAAGCGCGCAUGGUGGUCCCAUGUACAGAGUUACGA